AUAUAGAUAAAUGGGGAACGUAAUCCAAGUGAAGUCUAUGUUAGUUUUCGAGAUGCAGUUCUCAGAAUUCUUGGAAUAUCAAGCGGUGAAAUUCACGAUCAAGAUGUACCUCAAUCUUUAGAAGCCGAAGUCGAAGUAGAAAGGAGAAAGGAAUCGUCUACGGAUUCAGCAUUAGUGAAACAAGUUGUAGGAACUGAUAGGCUACCAGCUAUAUCAAUAGAUGCACCAAAAACUGCUGAUAAACCGCUAAGAAAAGGAUUGCCAUCAUUUAUUUGGGUUAUAGGUGGACCAGGGAGUAAUAAGGCGGCUCUUUGCGCUCAAGCUGUUCGUAGUACGCCAGGUUGGCUGCACAUAAGUAUUGGAGAAUUUUUCAGAACGAUGGCAUCGUCUAAUAUGAUUGUAAAUGAUGCAAUUGUUUCGGGCGAAAUGGUCCCUUACGAUAUCGUAAUGCAACUUGUAGAACAGCAGAUUCUUUUAAAUCGAGAUUCGGACGGUAUCGUCAUCGAUGGAUAUCCGAGAGACUUGAAUCAAGUGAAGAAAUUUGAAACCAAGUUUGGACAGAAACCACCACUAGUGCUACUUGACUGCUCUAAAUUACAACUCGGGAGAGGAAGACUGGACGACAGUGUUUCAGCAUUUAGAAAAAGACUAGAACUUUUUCGUGAAGUGUCUCUUCCCAUGUUGAAAACGUUGGACAGCGAUAAUCGGUUAACAAUUGUACGUAAUAAAUAACUGAGUUAUGAUAAAACAUGCUAUAUUAUUGAAAUAAAUUUUGUCAUAUUAAUAUCUAGACAAAGCAGAUAAGCGCGUAUAAACAAAUGCACUUCUUAUUAAUAAACAAACACACUUAUAAAACGCGUAAUGCAAUAAUAUGAACACUGUGAAUAUGAAUAAAUCCAAAUGUAAAACAACAAAUAUACACUAUGCAUCAAAAUUAGGAGAUUAAUUUACGAGGGUAGCCUGUUAGG